AUGAAGGAACUGAGUAGGAUGCUAUCAGUUGUGGUUAGCAAUGGUUUUAUGGCUGGAUUUUCAGUGGAUGAUCCAAAUAGGGGCCUUACCUUGGUUUCACACUUACUAUUUGUAGAUGACACACUUAUUUUCUACGAGGCAGAGCAAGACCAACUUAGGGCACUGAAGGAGCUUCUUCUUUGCUUCGAAGCAACAUUAGGUUUGAGAGUGAACUUCGAUAAAUCAGAAUUAGUGCCAGAUGGGAACAUCAGUACUACUCGGCAAUUGGCUAGCACACUCGGGUGUAAGGUCACUUCUCUUCCUAUGGCAUAUUUGGGAUUACCGUUGGGGGCUGUAUCACGGGCCUUAUCUAUUUGGGAUGCAGUUAUUGAGAAAAUAGAACGAAGAUUGGCAUGGUGGAAGAGAUUAUAUUUGUCGAAAGGAGGUCGGGUGAAUCUUAUCAAAAGUACCCUCUCUAACUUACCAACUUACUUUCUGUCUGUUUUUCCAAUCCCAGCUUGCGUGGCGGCACGGAUCAAAAAACUCUAUCGUGAUUUCUUAUGGAGUGGGAUGGAGGAUGAUUUCAAGUUUCACCUAGUCAGCUGGGACAAGGUGUGCAAACCAAUUCUAUCAGGUGGGCUGGGGAUAAAGAACUUGAAAACGUUUAAUCGGGCACUUCUUGGGAAAUGGCUUUGGAGAUACAUAUGGAACCGGAAACUCUCUGGAAAUUAG